UCCUAGAACUUAUUCCGAAUUCAUGGACUGUUUCGUCCAGUAUAAAAACACAGAUUUUUUUUCCUCAAUCGAAAGGAUAAAUAAUAAUGUCCACUUCAGCGGCAUCGCCUCACGCCAAGCGCGUUUGUACUUUGUACAAAAAAGCUAUUCGAAAUCUUGAAGCAUGGUACGACAGGAGACACGUCUUCCGCUAUCAGGCCACACUCAUGAGAGCCCGGUUCGAUGCGCACAAGAACGAGAACGAUCCCACGAAAAUUGCCCAACUCGUAGCGGACGGUGAGCGGGAGCUGUUCGAAACCCAACACUUUCAGCCGAGAAAAUUCGCCAACUCUCCCGGCGGUGAUGCCUUCGAGCGGGAAAUUGUUCCACCGGACUGGAUUCUGGAUUAUUGGCAUCCACUGGAAAAGGCACAUUUUCCAGAAUACUUUGCGCGUCGCGAAAAACGGAAGGAAGAGUACACUGUCUGGUGGGAGAAACAAUACGGUAAGGCGACUAUCGAAGAUGUAGAUCAAUCGAACGAAGGAAGACGCUGAUGUGG